AUGUCACAACCAAAGAUAACAGACUUUUUUGCAGCAGUAAAGAAAGUAGAUGAUACUAAGGAGAGAGAGGAUAAUGAUAAUGUUGUAGCCGAAAAUGAAAAGAGAGGGAAAAAGAGAGCUCAAGAUGAAGAAGAAGAUAUUCUCGAUCAAGAUACUGAAGAAGAGGAACAAAUUGUAGAUAAUAAUAAUAAUAAUAAUAAAGAGGAAGAAAAAGAAGAAGAGAAAGAGGAGGAAAAAGAUGAUGAUGAAGAAGAAGAACUAAAGAAAACUGUAAAGAAACAAAAGAAAUCAGAAACUACAACACCUUCACCAAAGAAAGCAGCAGCUAAAAAGACUGUAUCUCUUAAAAUAUCAAAGCAACCAACAAAAAAAACAACUACUACUACUUCAAAUCAAUCAGAUGAACAACCAAAAAGUACUAGUAUUACUUCAUCAAAAUCAUAUGAUGAUAUGCUUGAUUAUUUAACAGAUGAAAGUUGGAAGACAAAGAUUGAAGCAGAGUUUAAAAAGUCAUAUUUUAAAUCGAUGGUAUCAAAGUUGAAUGCAGUUGCCGCCGAUCCAAAAUCCAAACCAAUCUAUCCACCCAAAGAAGAGGUAUUUACCGCUUUGAAUUGGACACCACUCGACAAGGUGAGAGUAGUUAUCGUUGGACAAGACCCAUAUCACGGUCCUGAUCAAGCACAUGGUCUAUCGUUUUCAGUAAAGAAGGGGAUCGCUCCACCACCAUCACUCAAGAAUAUGUACAAAGAAUUGGAAACUGAUAUUCCAGGAUUCAAAACACCCAAACAUGGCUUUUUGGAACAUUGGGCUCGUCAAGGUGUACUCAUGCUCAACGCAGUACUCACUGUCGAAGAAAAGACACCAAACUCUCACAAGGAUUUCGGAUGGGCUCAAUUCACCGAUCAAGUCCUUCAUCUACUAAACAAGAGUGAGACGCCGAUUGUAUUCAUCCUAUGGGGACAGUUUGCACAGAAAAAAGCAUCAAUGAUUGACAAGAACAAGCAUCAUAUCAUUGCUAGUGGACAUCCAUCUCCUCUCUCUGUCAAAACUUUUCUUGGUUCCAAACCAUAUUCAAAGACCAAUACCUAUUUACAGAAAAUUGGUUCCGAUCCAAUUGAUUGGAAUUUACCUUUAAAUAUUUAA